CAGAAAUAGGGGUCUAUCGACAGGUGCAACGUAAACCUUACAAACGCUAAAACACACUACGAGGUACAUGUUUGUACAAUACUUACCUAGCUGAGGUACCUAUUGCCCUAAUUGACAUUUUCCAAUUGCAGUUCCUUGUUGAAAAUGGACCCUUGACAACUAAAAAAGAUCAACACAACAACAAUACGGGAUAAUCUCAGCAACAAAUCAAGUUGAAGCAGAUGGCCUCUCAAAUGCCAACAAAUAAUAACAACGCCACCCCUUUAAUUCAUACAAUACGCAUGAGGUAACCCGUAGUUUUUUUUGGCUACGAUAUUUCUAUCAUGUCGUUUCUUCACCGACUCCCACGAUUGCGAAGAAGAGGAGGAUGGUUACAAUCGCCUGUCCUUUGGGUUAUAGGCGUUGCAUGCCUUAUCGAGGUUACCAUUCACGCCUCUCGCUAUCGCGUACCUAUACCGCCGCGCGAGUUCGAUACCCCCUUCUACACAUCAUGCCAGGAGCCUCCGAGCGCUCCUCCAGACUCCCCGCGCGAGAAUGCCGCCAUCGUGAUGUUGGCUCGCAACCAGGAAGCCGAGCAAGCUGCGAGAUCCGUUCGCAGCAUCGAGCAGCGCUUCAACCGCUGGUUUCGUUACCCGAUAGUGUUUCUUAACGAUGAGCCUUGGAACGGCGAGUUCAAAGAUGCUAUCAACGCCUCUACGAGUGCCCCGACCUUCUUCGAACAUGUCCCUAAGGAACAAUGGACCUUUCCGUCGUGGAUGGAUCAGGACGCUGCCCGCGCGAGUAUAAAAGAUCAAGGCGACCGCGGUAUAUUGUACGCAGGGAAAGAGACGUAUCAUCACAUGUGUCGGUUCUUUUCUGGGAACUUCUACCAAGUGGAGGCGCUAAAGAAAUAUAAGUGGUACUGGCGAUUAGAACCCGACGUCGAGUUCUCUUGCUCUAUCACCUACGACCCUUUCGUCGAAAUGGCCCGCCACAACAAGGUGUACGGCUUCACGAUAUCGCUCUGGGAGGAAAAGCGCACCUGCCCCAGUCUCUUCAGAGAAGUAUCGGACUGGAAGGAAUUAAAGGGUAUCCCUAGCACCAACCUCUGGAAAGCGAGUGUUGAUGCAUCCUGGGUUCCUUGGCCUUUCCGCAGCCUACUCAGCUGGUUUUCGCAUCGUGAUAAAGCUGGUGACGGAUGGAACCUCUGUCAUUACUGGAGCAACUUUGAAAUCGCCGACCUUGAUUUCUUUCGUGGAUCCAAGUAUCAGGACCUUUAUCAACACCUGGAACGCACUGGAGGCUUCUAUUUCGAAAGGUGGGGUGAUGCCGCAGUUCACUCGCUGGCCGUGAAUAUGCUCGCAGAACCGCAUCAGGUACAUCAUUUUGCCGAUAUUGGAUAUCGCCAUGAUUGGUAUUACCAGUGCCCCGCAAACGCACCCGGUGGCCAACUACCCGAGUCCCAAGCGCUCAACGACGUCCAGAGUAAAUGGGCUCCGGAAAUACCCGGCGGCGUGGGCUGCCGUUGCGACUGCGACGGUAACCGGAAUAGAAACCAUGCUAGCUAUUGCCUCAAUAAGUUGAAGGCGCCUAACACUGCCCGCCGCCCCUGGUCUACUUGGCUACUUAGCUUUAUCUUUUAAAUUGCGCGCUUUUAGUUGAUGUUCGUAGCCAUUUCUCGCAGCAUAGAGAUCCCCUUUGGCCUAGGGCUUGUUGCCUCUGAUCAACUUCUAUUAGACCGUGGUGAUUAUACUGGCCAUAGGGCUGUAUACUUGACAUUGCGUUUUGAAUCAUCAUCAUGGGAAUAGUUCAUACAAAAGCAUUACGGGGCGACGAAUUGAUUUCCCAGACCACGUUUGUCAGGGGUCUCACAACCUUGUUUAAAGUACAUCCCGCAUUUAUGUCAUACAUACGACUUAAACGAGCACUAUCUUCUCUAAGAGUCGAAAGAA